GGCAUCAAUCCUAGGAAACAACAUCCGCACAUCAUUGAAAUAGAAGGCGAAGGAUUGAAAGAAUAUGAUUCGAAUACCGCUUGACAUGCAUCUCUCAGUUUACUUUUUCAGUUUUUCCUAAAUGCCUCAUAUUGUAAAAGUCUCAUAUUCCAUAGAAAUUGCCGCGCUUGCCUGCUUAUGGUCCACUGGGAAAUAUCCUGGUUUAGGAGCGAAAACGGACUAUAUCGACCGCGUUGCCUUGAGUCCUUUACAAAAUUAAAGAAAAAUAUUCUCUAGAUGUCCAUCGCCGAUAGCGCUGAACUAAUUGAAAUUAAAGCAAAAUUGAACGUAUUUAAUUUAACAAAAAGCAUUACAACAAAUCAAAGACAGAAAAAAAUACAAUCUAAAAAUCAUAAAUCCCGGAUAGCAGAGAACUGUUAGCGAAAAGCAAAAAACAAAGGAAAUCAAAUAGUUUCGCAUGUCUCGAGGUAUUCAUCCGGCACGCGGUCUAUGGGGUCGGACAGUGUUAAAAUGCACGACAAUAGUCUGCCGGUCGAAGAUGACAUCGAUUUUAGAUGUGCAUUAGAAAUAGAAGAUAAGGCGCAUCUGUGCGCGUUCCUACAUGCCUACAUCAUCUUUCAAAUCUAUCGGACACGAGUCCCGUUUGAAAUAGUGGAAUAGUGUGGCCAGUCGAUUCCGUGAUAAAACAAUGCAUUUGAUCGAAACCUGAUAUCGCGCUAAUGGCGAAAAACAGGGCCCGGUAGGCAUACCCUUUACCAUUUAGUUAUUUAUUUAACAACAACAUGCCAAAACGACGAAAUCGUUAUGCGUUGCAUUGACCUAACACAUAGUGGUACACUUUGACUGGUUAGCCCGGUUACCUUUCACCUUUCAUGUGAUGAUUACCCUUGCAGUAUAGCACUACUCUCUGGAGUACAAGAGCUCGAUAGAAUAGCAAAGGCAUUCGUUUUAGUGUGUGGUUCAGGUCACGCAAUGGCUACCACAUCACCGCACUUGCAUCUUACAGGUGUUUAAUUUUUACGUGGCUGACGCGAAAAGAAAGGGAAAAGAUGCGCGUAGUACAAACGCACACAUCGAUUCAGCUACAUUUUACGAAUUAGCGAGGUGUGAAAGUGUUUAAUCAAAAAAAAAAAUCACCAACAAACAACCAGCCAGUGUAGCGUCAUUCCUCGAGUUAGAUAUCCAUUUUCUAUUGGUGCCUGAUGUACUAAUUAGUGGACGGAUUGGUGCAUCAACCACUGGUGUGUUAGGUGAAGCCUUUGUAUUUUUGAAGCAGAAUUAAUUCCGCCGCUUUUAGUUAGCCAUACUUUGGCUCUUGCGGCAUGCUGACUUGAACUAGAGAUAGAAACACAACCAUUGAACUGUUUUUGUAUGAAAGGCAGCUAGACGGAGCUAGGUGCUUUGCGAUGAACUUAAUAAGGAGUAAGCUGUCUGACAGUCGGGAUAGGAAUAUUAUUUGCAAAGAAAACCUUCUGAUGUUCUGAAAACUCAUGAUCUUUUCUGUCCGUGUUAUAAAACAAUAGGCCAAAUUAGUGGUUGUUCGGUGGAUCGGUUCAUAUAAUGCGAAUAUUACAACCCCUUGGUUACCAGCAACGAUUACCGAAGCAUCACUUAAUUAAUGAACAAUAGUUGAAUUUUAAAUGUGAAAAUAAUACAUUUGACCUUGCUAUUCGUGCCACGAAUUCAAACUUCUAAAGUACCUAUGCAGAUUCGUUGAUCUAUGGCCUGAGUUCGUAAUCAUAACGAUUCCAGUGGUUGGAAAUACUCCCCCCAGUACCAAGAGAACAAGAAUAGCGAACAGUACAUCACAUUUAACUGAAACAUACCCGCGAACGAAUUCGUUUUACUAGUUUCGAUUUCGGUUUCAAACUGAAAGCAACACGUUUUGCGACGCGAACCAUCCUUGGUACCUUUUAGCACCCUUUUCCACUGCGGCAUUGUAGCGGCUUUUGACGUGAAAAUCGUGAUGUGAAUCUAAUAUCUGUCGCUAUCAAUGAACCGACCAGUGACACAACAUUACUCGCUCGCAAAAUACUCCCCCCCCACCCGGCCCACCCACCUUCCCAUUCCGCUCACACCCCACAUGAUACUUGU